GUGGACUCUAUCCUUGAGUGCCUUGUUAUUACAAACUCUCCACACUGACGUGGAAAGAACUGUGAAGAAUUGUCCUUAUUUUACCUAUAGUAAUAACUUUUACUUUUUUAAGGAUUAAUACCUGAAGUCAUGGUGCAGAAAAUUUGUAUCAUUGGGGCAGGUUCUAGUGGUUUAACAGCAAUAAAAUGCUGUCUAGAUGAAAAUUUGGAGCCCACCUGCUUUGAAAGCUCUGAUGAUAUUGGAGGCUUAUGGAGGUUCAAGGAGAACCCAGAAGAUUCAAGAGCCAGCAUCUACAAAUCUGUUAUCAUAAAUACAUCCAAGGAGAUGAUGUGCUUCAGUGACUACCCCAUCCCAGAUGACUUUCCUAAUUAUAUGCAUAAUUCCAAAAUUAUGGACUAUUUCCGAAUGUAUGCAAAUCAUUUCAACAUUUUGAAAUAUAUACAUUUCAAGACUAAAGUAUGCAGCAUUAAAAAACGUCCUGACUUUUCCACCACUGGCCAGUGGGAUGUUGUGACAGAAUGUGAUGGGAAGCUAGAAACUGGAAUUUUUGAUGGCAUACUUGUCUGUAGUGGACACCAUACCUUUCCACAUUUACCACUACAUGCUUUUCAAGGCAUUGACAAGUUUGAAGGACAAUAUCUACAUAGUCGGGAUUAUAAAUAUCCUCAACAAUUUGCAGAUAAGAAGAUUAUUGUGAUCGGAAUUGGGAAUUCUGGUGGUGAUCUGGCAGUAGAAUUGAGUUCUGUUGCCAAACAGGUCUUCCUCAGCACCAGGAGAGGUGCAUGGGUUGUUAACCGUGUAGCUGAUGAAGGGUUUCCACUAGAUGUAGUUUUGUACAGCCGAUUUAAACUGCUUGUUAAGACAUUCAUGACCAAAGAAAUGUUGAAUAACUGGGCAGAAAAGAAAAUGAAUGGACGUUUUAAUCAUGAGAAUUUUGGUCUAAAGCCUAAACACAGAAUUCUCAGUCAGCACCCAACUAUUAACGAUGAUCUUCCAAAUCGAAUCAUCUCAGGAAAGGUUAUUGUGAAACCCAAUGUGAAGGAGUUCACACAGAGAGAUGUCAUUUUUGAGGAUGGCACUGUGGAGAAAAAUAUUGAUGUUGUGUUUUUUGCUACUGGCUACAGUUUUUCCUUUCCAUUUUUUGAUGAUCCUGACCUUAAAGUAGAACAAAAUCACAUAUCAUUGUACAAACUUGUAUUCCCACCACUGUUGGAAAAGUCAACUUUGGCCUUCAUAGGCCUUAUUCAACCUAUUGGUGCAAUAAUGCCUAUUUCAGAGCUUCAGAGUCGAUGGGCCGCACAAGUUUUCAAAGGAUUGUCUAAACUUCCUUCAUCAAAAUGUAUGCUUAAGGAAACAUCCAUGACUAAGAGAGAAAUGGCUUCAAGGUAUGUGGAGAGCCCAAGACACACAAUUCAAGUUGACUUUUUGGAAUAUAUGGAUGAAAUUGCUUCUCAGUUCGGUGCCAAGCCCAGCAUUCUACAGUAUUGGAUUACAGACCCUAAACUUGCUUCAGAAUUGUUUUUUGGGCCCUGUACCCCUUACCAAUAUCGCUUGAUAGGGCCUAAUAAAUGGUCAGGAGCCAGGAAAGCCAUUUUAACUCAAAGAGAGCGCAUUAUUAAACCAACUAAGACCCGCAUUUGCACUCAGGAAAUGAAUGAGAGCAAAUCUCCCAUAACAUUCCUUCUGAAAUUAGCAGCCAUCUUUGCUAUCUUGGCAGCUGCUUAUUGUGCUUAUGUUUAAGGUGCGUCUCUUGUCUGAAUGUUCAACAUUUCACAAUAGAAAUUUCUUCUCAUGAGGAGUUUAGACAUGUAGCACCACUGCUUUUUAGAAAUGGCUGUAAUCACUAAUGGUUCCUAAUCACUAUACGAUAUAAUUGUGACAUUCAUCGGCUUAAU